AUGGCGCUCGUGUCAUUGCUCCAAUGGACACCCUGGAAGUAACAAGUCUUGUGGUUUGCUCUUUAUAAGAAAAAGCAAACCAGUGCCAUAUAAAACAAGAAUAUUAAUUAAAAUAGUUAAUAAAACUAAAAGAAGAAAUAAAACAUUUUAAAAUAAUAAUAAUAAUAAUAAUAACAGUAAAGUAAUAACUUUAUAUAUAAAAAAUAAUAACAACAAUAAUAACCUACAUCACUGAAGAUACGAUAAAAAAAAAGAAAAGACAAAAGGCCCUAAACAAUUGUUACUAAUUAAUUGUUGAUGGGCACGGAGCAUCCAUUUUUAAAAUUACUUCACCGAGUCAAGUCGCCUUAUUAUAUAGUGGAAAUUUAACGCCAAAGUUUGGAGUGAUCAAGUGUUUAAUUUAAGUGCGACACAUUAGAUACCAAAAACAAUGGAUUACGUGUUGAUAAAAGACAUACGACCCGGACAAAAAAACAUAAAUGUGGUAUUUAUUGUUCUUGAGGUUGGACAUCCUACAAUAACUAAAGAAAACCGCGAAGUUCGAACAUUCAAAGUCGCUGACGCGACCGCGUGUAUGAAUGUGUCAAUUUGGGACGAACCAGGACAAUUGUUGGUACCUGGUGAUAUUGUGAGACUGACAAAGGGUUACGCGUCCGUCUGGAGACAAUGUUUGACACUUUAUUCUGGUAAAAAUGGUGAUAUACAAAAAAUAGGUGAAUUUUGUAUGGUUAUUAACGAACAAUUGAAUAUGAGCGAACCUAAUCCUGCCUUAGCUCAACAACUUGUCAAUCAAGGUGGAUCUGGACCACCUGGUAAUAUUAAUAAUACCAUUACUAAUAAUGGUAAUGCUAAUAAUAUUGCUGGCACGCCUAGACAGUCGCCUAUUGCAAUCCAAAGCAAUUCAACAACAGCAAACUCAACAGCGAGCAGUUCGACUAAAAGCGGUAACGGCAGUGGUACUGGUGGUUCAGGAAGUAGCGGUUCAAGCUCCACGGGACUACCGGGUGGUUCUGCAAGAUUUAGCAAUGAAAGUACUCCAAAGACGACGGCUGCCUCAACUGGAAAAAGCAGCACGCGUGGGCGAGGAAAUUACCGAAACGGCGGUCGUAGUGAUCGCAGAUAACACCACGAGUCAGUAAACUCGGCUGUAAAAAUUGUGUCUAAAUCAAAUGAGAUUCUUACAAUAAAAAUUUAUCUCAUUGUAAUGUAAUAUAGGUAAUUGUGUUCUCAACACUCAUGUACAGUACGUGAAUUAUCUUUAUUUUAUUAUUUUUAUCCACUUAAGUUCUCAGAUGUAAACAGGUUUUAUGGCUAUAUCAUGUAAAUUAAUUUUUUGUAAUUAAGGAUUAUAUAUCUCUUGAAGAAUUAAAUAUCUUAGAGGCGAUACUCUAUUUUCUAUCA